UCCAUCGCAUCAGACCAUCGUAUCCAUCUCCGGCAUCCCCAUUAAGCUUGGAGAACCAUCCGUUUUCAUGCAAAACGGAUGUCGCCGUCGUCGAUGCUAUGACUGAGGUCGUGCCCGCCGACCGCACCAGGCUUCUGCAAUCAAAGCGGGCAGAAUGCAGUGAAAUUGCACGGUCGAGAAAGAGGAAACUCUGUGUUCUCUACGCCGUCGCCACCACUUCGGAUGGCCUCCCCCAGCGUAGCUUCGCGGACCCCGACGCGCAGCCCGCCAACACCGCCGAGUCGCACUUCUUGGAGGGAUGCGACAUUCUACAAGGGAGAAAACUAAACGAGUUGAACAUACCGGCACGGCCGCGACCUCGAAUCGAGUACUCCCAACUACCUGUCGCGAGGGAAGCGCUUGCUCCAAGCGAAAAUACCGUUGCUGUCGUUGUCAAGAAGCAGGAUGUUCGUGAUGCCGUGCGACCGGUCGCCGCACCGCCGCCACCAGCAUCAUCACCACCCGUGACGUCGCGACCAGAAGUUGACGAUGGACAGACGGAUCGUCUCCCCAAUAUUGCUCCUGCGCUGCCAGCUUCGGGAGCUACCCCGAAGCUUCAGCCAGCGCGGCCGACCCAACCUCUCGAGCAUCCUACGAGGGCCGCUGGGCCUCGUAUAAAUAGUAAUGAGCAACCCCAUCCCAAGCCGCCUUCCACCAGUGAAAACGCAGAAACUAUCGCUAAAAACAUUACCAUCAAUGCUAUUCCUGCCAAAGUAUCAGCAGGGCUACCUACAAGCUCCCCUAGUCUUCCCCAUCUGCACAUAAUACCAACAGUCGUGGGUGAACAGCGGCAGGUAAAGCCUGAGCCCGACCUCGAAGAUGCACAGCGACAAGACCGAUACGAUGGCGAGCCGAUGGAUGUCGAAUUUUCUCCUUCCAGGAACGAAGAAAAUACGGAUAUAUGUUGUCAGGGCCCUCAACCCGUCGUCUCCGGCUCGGCCGACGCGGCGUCGUCCCCAAGCUCGACUACUCAAACAGCAACGACACCAUAUAUUCCCGACACGUCGGCCAACACGAGCCCGGAUCAUGACGGGGCGCCGGUUACGGCCGGUGUCGAGGUGAAGGUUGUGGAGUUUGGGGGUGUACGUACGCUGGGGCCCGAUUCGCAUAGUUUGACGCCCGGUCACACUCUGAACUCUGCCGGCACCGUGCUUGCGCCCGAAAAUACUCAAAACCGAGUCGAAACCUUACCGAUACCAGAGCCAACCAGUACCACCACGACUAAAGUGGUGAGCAACGGUGUUAAAAAUAUAAGGACGCCCACAGAACCAGCACUGCCAGAGGUAUCAUUGCCCACCCCCUAUGGAGAAUCCAGCCCAGUCAACUUUGGUCGCAGUGGGCAGCCCGAGCCCCCGGACCCGCCACAGACCCCAAACGAUGCUUUCCGCGGACCUACCCAGGCAAAUGCCCAGUCCAACCAACAGCAAAUUCACCAGAAGGUUCGUGAAGUACCGGUGCAUCCCGGCGCAGCACCCCAGAUCAAAGGGAGCCUAGCCCCCAGCAGGGCGGCAGGCGAAGCGAUGACGAAGGAGACCUUGGUGGCAUCUGAGCCUGGCGCAGCUCCCGAUCAGGCCGGCUCCGAAGGCCCUCGCCCCCCUUCCACACCGCCGCAAACGCCGGUACAGCCGCCUCGGUUGGAUCAUCAACAGACAAGUGGUCCCACAGGGGCUGCCCAGCAGAAGCCGGUAUCCGAAAUCCUUGCCGAACCGCCGAACCCUUCCGGGGAAUCCGAACCUAAUCGCGCACCGCUGGUAAUCCCCGGCCCCCAGUCGUCUCGGAAGCCGCCCCAGAGUAUUCUCCGCAAAGCUAGGCUUAAGGAGAAGAGUAAGCAGUCUACUGUGAUAUUCGGUAAACAGCCAAGGCGUGCUUCGAGCUCGGCCAGGACACUCGUCCAGAACCGCCCAAAGCCGGGUCAGAUGCCCAGCGACGACUACUUCACGCCACUUUUCGUACAGUCUUUCACCUCCACCUCAAAAUGGAUGAAGCCACUCGAUCAACUUUUACAUCAAGCUCACAAGACCCUGUCUACCCCAGAUUCGUACACCCAAAUACUGGAUAAUCAAGCGUGUAAGGUUCUUAGGAGGGUUUACCAGUUACAGCACCAUGAUAAGUGGUCUCUUCGUCAACCAAAGCGUUGCCCCGAGCCUACGCGCCAGCCAUGUCACUGGGACGUGUUGCUGAAGGAGAUGAAGUGGAUGAGGACCGACUUUCGCGAGGAAAGAAAAUGGAAAAUGGCUGCCGCCCGUAACCUUGCCUAUGCCUGUGCCGAAUGGGUAUCUUCUUCGCUGGAAGACCGCAAGGCUUUGCAGGUGAAUUCCGUCAUCCCCCCUCUGGAACUAGCGGACAUAAACGAGGCGUCGGUCGUCGAUGCGCACCACGCUCCCAGCGCCGAGAAUCAACCAACUCCGGAUCUCAUUACAUCAACGGAGGCCGAUUCGCCGUUGGAGCCGGAUGACGAGCCUCACGAGGUCGCCAUCGACACGAUAGCGCCCUCGGCUUUGUUUUGUUUGGAGAAUGAUGACGUUGUCUUUGCACUUCAUCAGUCGCCGACCACAGACCGCCUCCUCGAGGAAUUGCCUAUGUACGGAUCGCCGCUGAAAGUCCCCAAAUCCGACCUCACGGCACCGGAGUACGACCCCGACGCCUCAUGGAGACGGCCCGCCUUGCCACUGACCAAGUUCGUGGAGGGUCGGAUGGAGCUUACUUCAACCGGCCCACCGCAAAAAAGAAGCCGGUAUCGGUAUUCGCAGGAGGAUGACGAGGAUGACGAAGUCGUCUUUGGCCAGAGCAGUGGCAACGAGCCAUGCCUAGAGCCACAAAGUCCCAAUGUGGCUCUAUUCCGACCGGAGAACAAGAGUAUUAGAGACAGAUUGCACGCUGGGCACCAAUUUCGUCCGCCUAAUGAGCAUACGAUGCCGUUCCAAUCCUUCUACGAAUCCAGAAGCCCGUCGCAGUGGAUGCAGUCGGAAGACGACGAAUUGAAGAGUCUAGUGCGUGAGUACUCGUACAAUUGGUCUCUCAUAUCCAGUAUGCUCUCUUCCAGGUCCCUUUUCAGCUCGGGGGCCGAGAGACGCACACCGUGGGAGUGUUUCGAGCGGUGGGUCGGACUGGAGGGACUCCCCCACGACAUGCAGAAGACCCAGUACUUCAAGCUGUGGCAAGGUAGGAUAGAAUCGUCACAGCAGGUCAUAUUCCGUCAGAACCAGAGCGCGAUGCAGCAACAGGCGCAGCAGCAACAAGCCGGCUCCAACGGGCCCCCAACCCCUGUACCUCGGAGGCGGUUUACUGUUCCUCUCAAGGUGGAACGUCGACGAAACCAGAAGCAUCUUACCAUGAUUGACGCCAUGCGGAAACUGGCCAAGAAGCGAGAGACGGCGAUACAAAAGCAGCAGCAUGCAGCUUCGCUUGCAGCCAUGAGAAAAUCCAACGAGGCGCCUCAGCCCAGGGCAGCGACGAAAACACCCCGAGAAUAUAGCAUUAUGCGAUGGGAGCGAGAUCAGGCGAUGGCUGAGAGACUAGCGGAGAGGAUGGCCCAACAGCAACGUCACGAGGCACAACGCAGAGCCGUCCUACAGAGAGCACAGCAAGGGCAGGCCGCACAGGUAGCAACCGCCCAGAACGCCAAUCAGCUCUCGCAGAACAACCCGCAGAUUGCAGCCUCUCACGCCCACGCGAGCAUACCUCGUGUGAAUGUCCCCAACCAGAUGCCAGUUAGCGGCCAAGGACGCGCCCGCAUGCCGAUGCACGCUACCCCCAACGGCACCGGAGCUCCAAAUCAUAUGGGCGGCAAUCUCGUUGCUCCUAUGCCGAUAAACGGCGCUUCCCAGGUGCAGAUACCCACUGUCAACGGUCAGUCGCGGAUGGCGAUGCCCAACCCGCAACCGGACAUGCAGCUAUUGCUACAAGCACAUCAGAUCUCGGAGCAGCAGCGCCGGUCGGUGCAGAUGCGGCAGCAUCAGGCGCAGCAUCAGCAUCAGGCGCAGCCGUCACACCAAAGCCCUCAGGGGAGCAUACCUUUGCAGGGUUCGCCGCCUGCUAUGCGGGCCGGCGCCAUGGCUGGGCUAAACCACAAGAGCUAUAUAAAUAACGCCCAGACGCAAGCCAUGAUGGCCUCGUUUAGCGCCGCGAAUGGGCAAGGCAUGUCGACGCCUCCUGCCGCCGGACUUGGUAUAUCGCCCCAGGCAGGCUCCCCACGACCCAACACCACCAUACCCCAGCCGACGCACCAAACAUACGUUGCCCAGCUUCAGCAUAUCGAGACCCAGCUCAGACAAUCGCAUCCGAACACGCCCCAGGACAUGAUCCGUGAGAUGGCGAGACAGCUUCUGAAUAACCGUCAGAACAGUCACAACAUGGCACAAUCUGCAAUGAACGCCGCAGCUGGGGGGACCGGCCACGCUGCCGCUGCCAACGGACCCCACCAAUAUGCGCAACUGCUCCGGGCUCAACAACAGCAGCAGGCAGCCGCUGCCGCCGCAGCGCAGGCCCAGCACGCGCAGGCCCAGCAAGGGGGAGCGCAGCAUCAGCGGAAUUCGAGCGGAAGUGCCACACCGACGCCCUCGGUGCCGAAAUAGGAUGUCGGUAUAAGCUUUAAUUC